AUGCCCAAUGCCCCAUUACCCAUGCCUCGAGGUCGUGCUGGUGGUCGCUGCUACGUCACAGCAGGUGUUCCAGGCUGCUACGUCACAGCAGGUGUUCCAGGCUGCUACGUCACAGCAGGUGUUCCAGGCUGCUACGUCACAGCAGGUGUUCCAGGCUGCUACGUCACAGCAGGUGUUCCAGGCUGCUACGUCACAGCAGGUGUUCCAGGCUGCUACGUCACAGCAGGUGUUCCAGGCUGCUACGUCACAGCAGGUGUUCCAGGCUGCUACGUCACAGCAGGUGUUCCAGGCUGCUACGUCACAGCAGGUGUUCCAGGCUGCUACGUCACAGCAGGUGUUCCAGGCUGCUACGUCACAGCAGGUGUUCCAGGCUGCUACGUCACAGCAGGUGUUCCAGGCUGCUACGUCACAGCAGGUGUUCCAGGCUGCUACGUCACAGCAGGUGGUCCAGGCUGCUACGUCACAGCAGGUGGUCCAGGCUGCUACGUCACAGCAGUGUUCCAGGCUGCUACGUCACAGCAGGUGUUCCAGGCUGCUACGUCACAGCAGGUGUUCCAGGCUGCUACGUCACAGCAGGUGUUCCAGGCUGCUACGUCACAGCAGGUGUUCCAGGCUGCUACGUCACAGCAGGUGUUCCAGGCUGCUACGUCACAGCAGGUGUUCCAGGCUGCUACGUCACAGCAGGUGUUCCAGGCUGCUACGUCACAGCAGGUGUUCCAGGCUGCUACGUCACAGCAGGUGUUCCAGGCUGCUACGUCUUAA